UUUAUAGUACACCUUCCCGUUAAUUAAGAAGCGCCCGGAAGACGUAGACGAGCACCUUGCAAAUGGAGAAUGUAAAUAUCAACUCAAAGACAACAUUGCUUUUGACGUAGAGAAUGAAGACAGAGAGUGGAUGAGCAUUUUGUCGUUAUCAUUGUGAUCAGUUCAACCUAGUUUAGCUAUCAGUUGGUGCUGAUCGUUGUCUUUUUGCACUGUGUAUGUGGAGCUACUGAUAUUUGGUAUAAAAUGCCAGCACUGAUAGAACGCCCAAAGAUGACAAAGGCAAUGUACCAGGCUCUGAAGCGUCACAUCAUCAAGGAAAGAGAGAAGAAGAAACAAGAGCUUGAGCAAGAUGCACAGAUUGAAAGACAGAAGAAAGAACAAGAACAGAGAAGAAGAAAAGAACAGGAAGACAGUUUGACUUUGGAGCAGACAAAAGAACAGGUUCAGACAAUGGAUAAGAAGUUAGACACCUUAAAGCAAGAAAAACAUGAGUUGUUCUCCCAGUUGAAGAAGGUGUUGCAUCAGGAGGAUGAGACGAGGAAGAGAGCACAACUAAAGGAACAGAGUGAAUUGUUGAGUCUCCAACAAGCAUACCCACACCCCGCCAACCUGGCGACCAACCACGCCAUGUUGAUGCAGCACGGUCGUCCCACUCUGUACAGACCCACACAGCCCGCCAUGAUGCAUCAGAUGAGUCUGAAGAGGCCCAGAAGUCCCUCCCCUCCUCCAUCAACAGUAUACCAGCCAUAUCCUGAGCCCAAAAUGAUGGCCACGGCAGUAGCCAAGCAACAUCCUGGGUUCUCCCACCCAGCCCAGACAGACUACAAAUCUGGAAACUUUCCACAAGGCCAGCCAACACAGGUGUCGUAUGCCAAUCAGCAGGCAGCAAGUCAUGCUUACCAACAGGCCGCUGCUGCCGCCGCCCCCAGUUACACAAGCAGCAAAUCACCAGCCAGUAAAUACAGUGGAUCUAGUAGUCAAUCAGCUUUCACUGCCUACCCGAAUCACUACGCCACCCACCAGCAACCUAAGCAAAUCGCCCCAGAGGCCUACCCAGGCUAUCCAGUUCAGAGGAUGCAGCAACCAGGAGGUUACAUGGCUCCAGGCCACGGUACAGCCAUUCCGCUACAGCAGCAGUUGGAACAUGCCAAUCAGAAGGCAGGGUUUAACGAAGAGAAGUACAAGAUGCAGCAGUCACAGAUAAGAGGUGUGGCACCAUUGUCAGGACCACAAGCAGGACUUGUUCAUCAACAGAUUCAACUUCAACAACAGCAGCAGCAGCAACAACAACAACAACAACAACAACAACAACAACAACAACAACAACAACAACAACAACAACAACAGCAAUCAAGCAAGGGAAGUAUAAUGACAGGAUACUCAGCCAGAGGCCAAGCUCCUCCUACCACCACUACAUAUAAACCAACCAGCAACCCUGCAAACUUUCCAACACAAGGAGCACCAGGCCGACCCUCAUUACCAGGACAACACCCCAACAGAUAUUACUGAACUCACAACUACCAGGACACCCCAACAGAUAUUACUGAACUCACAACUACCAGGACACCCCUACAGAUAUUACUGAACUCACAACUACGAGGACCACCCCAACAGAUAUUACUGACCUCACAACUCCCAGGACCACCCCAACAGAUAUUGCUGAACUCACAACUACCAGGACACCCCAACAGAUAUUACUGAACUCACUACUGAAUACAUAUAUGUGGAUUCUCAUUCUCUUAGCAACAGCAUUGAAGUUGAAAGGAAAUGUGGUGGUGUGAUUAUAGCUGUAACUUAAUCUGCUCAAACAAUUUGGUCAUCACAUACUUUGCAAGCAUGUAUAUAGUUAUUUAAGGUGGACAUCAUUUAGAAUCUGCACAAUGUUUAGCUUACCUGAACCAAGGACCAAGUCGAGGUUAAAAAGUACAGUGGAGUCUGUCAUCAGUCAGUCAGUCCGUUGUCUGUCUUCCAAUAACUUCUGAAAACGACUUCUUCUUCCGCUCACUGGAAUUUGAUUGACUUUGACUGGAAGCAUCCGUGGGUGGUGGAGAUUAAAAAUUGUACAAAUUCUUGUGUCAUAUCUUUGAAAUGGUUGAGAUCUCCACCCAAUAACUAUAUAUACGUUUGAUAGGAAUAACAUGAUAUAUACAGUCAUAAUAUUAUUAUUUGACUCUUGGGGUACACCCCACCCCAUCACCAAAUAUAUGUUUGAUAAACAUGAAGAGGUUUACACUUUUAUGAUGGUAGAAUGGACCCUGGGGUCUUUCUCCAGCCCUAGGGAUUUUAAUUUCGAGAUCUUGACCUUGAAAACAUUGAGAUGCUCUUCCCAUAUACAUAUAAACCAUUCCUGGCAUAAAGAUCAAGGUGGACGAUACAGGACCGCAAGGCCUCAUGUUCCUCAAUGCAACUGAUGAAGGGCAGGCGCCCGGAAGUUUUUAAUAAGUAGAUUGCUUUUAAAAUGUAUGUUUCCCUCAGGAGACUUUUUGAUGUUAUGGUUAGCCUGCAUAAUUUGCAAGUUUUUGGAUGUGACAUCCGUUUCACAGUUAUAUACUUAAAGUUGUUGUGUAGAGGUUUACCUUGUUAGAGUAAGCUAAUACCAUCCAUUGCUGUCCGUCAUCUGUCAUUUGUCUAAACAGUGCCACUAGAUAACAGUACCAACUAAAAAUGUUUGCAUGAUUCAAUAAAAGCAAAUGUGUAGUAAUAUUAACAGUACUACAUGUACCGUUGCAUGACCUCUAAGGAAACUCCACAUUUCAUGGAUGCACUUUCUAUCUCGUUGAAAGUCGAACCGCUUCGUUGCCUGAUGAGCGUAGCCGCUGCACAACCGCGAACACGGAAUAAAUUUCUGACUUUUUGCAACUAAAAUAUUUUACAUGGUAUUUAUGUUUUAAAUUUAGAUCUACUGUCAAUUAUUAAGAUAAUCAAUGCUUGUUUAACAUGCUGGUAAUGUAAAUUAAAUUAUUAAAAAAUAUGCAAAGUGGAACUAUUUGUUUAUUGCUCAACUGUGUAUUUCGUCACCGUUGACAACGCAUCAUCUUUCCCGCGAAAAAGGCUGUUCAAUUAAUGUUGUUUUCAUGACAGUGUUUUGCUUUUUAACGUGAAAAAAGAUGACUUUUCCCUUAAUUUCAAAUAAUAAAGGUGGAUGUAAUAGAAUGUAAAUAUAAGGUUUGAAAUGCAUCUUUUUAGCAUUUAUAAGGGUAUGCAACACAGUUCCGUUCAAACCUAUUCUCCAAGAUGCGCUACGUGCAUCAUGGAAUAUGUUUGAAUGGAACUGUGUUGCAUACCCUCAUGAAUGUUAAAAAGAUGCAUUUCAAACCUUAAAUGAAUUCUUCUUUAGAACCACAUUGCCAAUAUAAACCAUGUUAAAUAGGAGGUACUCAUUGUACUCAUGGCCUACACAUAUAUAGCCCCUUGGGAGCUUAUAUUGGUGAAAAAGAAAUAGCAUUUUAGACAUCUAAAACGAUCUGUGUAACUAACAGCUGUCCUAUAGGAUUGUGUGGCUGGGAACAUGGUAAACAAACUUACAAAGGAAAAUAGUCUGGCUAAUAGACGAUGCUUUUCUAGACAUGUGAAAUAUUGGAAUAUUCAAACACUGAAAGGUUCUGUGAUAUCCGUUGAGUUGAGGUUACUAGGUCAAAACAGUUUUUUGAAAGAAGUACACUAUAUAAAAAUGUUAA